AUGAAGGUGUUAUGCCUCCACGGCAAGGGCACCAGCGGCGCCAUAUUCAAGUCCCAGACGGCAAGCUUCCGCUCUCACCUCACCGACCUCCGCAUCGACUUUGACUUCAUAGACGGCUGCUACCCCUCCGCCGCCGCAGCGGGAAUCGACCUCUUCUACCCCGCCCCCUACUACUCCUUCUGGGAAGAUGAUUCCCCCGAGGCAAUCCAGAAAACAUGCACCUGGCUCAAGGGUCUUAUCGCACAGCGGGGCCCCUACGAUGCGGUCAUGAUGUUCUCGCAGGGAUGCGCCCUCGGCGCCGCGAUGCUCCUCCUCCACCAAGCGCAGGACCCUACGCAGCCUCCGCCGUUCAAGGCGGCGAUCUUCAUCUGCGGCGGGGCGCCGCUGAAGCUGGUCGAGAGCAUAGGGUUCGAGAUUUCAGACGCGGUGAAGGAGCGCGAUCGGCUGGGGAGGGAGGCGUUGGCGCUGCAGGCUCAUUCUGCGUCGAUAUUGGCGAGGGGGUCGGCGCGGUGGAUGGGCGAGGCGUCGGUGGGUGGAGCGGUGGACGAGGAGGAGCUCCGGGAGGAGAUCCGUGGGCCGUUUAAGGUGGGGGUUCCGACGGUGCAUGUUUACGGGUCUAGGGAUCCGAGGUAUGCCGCUGGGGUGCAGCUCUCGGGGAUUUGUGAGCCGGCGAAGAGGAGGGUGUUUGAUCAUGGGGGUGGGCAUGAGAUUCCCCGGACGGAUCGGGUGAGUCGGACGAUUGCGGACUUGGUGCGGUGGGUGUUGCUGGAGGGGAGUGCGUAG